CGUAAACUCGCGCUUCUCGCUCCGUCUAAUCUCAACCUCUUUUAGAUAAACACACGCAACUCGCGCUGCCCUCUUUCAUUUCCUUCGACCUAACUUCUCAUCAUUCCUAUUCUCCCCACAUACAUCAACAAGAAAUGGAGACCUUCCUCUUCACAUCGGAAUCUGUCAAUGAGGGUCACCCUGACAAGCUGUGUGAUCAAGUUUCCGAUGCUAUUCUGGAUGCCUGCUUGGAACAAGACCCAGAGAGCAAAGUAGCGUGCGAGACCUGCACGAAGACUAACAUGGUCAUGGUGUUUGGUGAAAUCACUACCAAGGCUAAGGUGGACUACGAGAAGAUUGUUCGAGACACAUGCAGAGGAAUUGGGUUUGUAUCGGCUGAUGUGGGCCUUGAUGCUGACAAGUGCAAGGUCCUUGUCAACAUUGAGGAACAAAGCCCCGAGAUUGCACAAGGAGUUCACGGCCAUUUCACCAAGAAGCCGGAGGAAAUCGGAGCUGGUGACCAAGGCCACAUGUUUGGUUAUGCCACAGAUGAAACUCCUGAGCUCAUGCCUUUAACUCAUGUCCUUUCUACUAAGCUUGGUGCCAAGCUGACCGAGGUCAGGAAGAACAAAUCCGUCCCAUGGUUAAGGCCUGAUGGAAAGACUCAAGUGACUGUUGAGUACAGAAAUGAUAACGGAGCCAUGGUCCCUAUUCGGGUGCACACAAUCCUCAUCUCAACUCAACAUGAUGAGAGUGUCACAAAUGAGCAGAUUGCUGCUGAUCUGAAGGAACAUGUGAUCAAACCCGUUGUCCCAGCUCAGUAUAUUGAUGACAAAACCAUUUAUCAUCUCAACCCUUCGGGACGUUUUGUCAUCGGGGGGCCUCAUGGAGAUGCUGGACUCACUGGUCGAAAGAUCAUCAUCGAUACUUAUGGCGGUUGGGGUGCACAUGGUGGCGGUGCUUUCUCAGGCAAGGAUCCUACCAAGGUAGACCGAAGUGGUGCAUACAUUGUAAGGCAGGCGGCAAAGAGUGUGGUGGCAUCUGGCCUUGCUCGCCGAUGCAUUGUUCAGGUUUCUUAUGCAAUCGGGGUCCCUGAUCCUCUAUCAGUGUUUGUGGACACCUACAAAACAGGCAAAAUCCCAGACAGUGACAUACUGACUCUUAUUAAGGAGAAUUUUGACUUCAGGCCAGGAAUGAUUGCACUCAACCUUGAUAUGAAAAGGGGAGGCAAACACAGGUAUCUGAAGACAGCUGCUUAUGGACACUUUGGCCGCGAUGACCCAGAUUUCACUUGGGAAACUGUAAAGCACCUCAAGCCGAAAGCUUAACGCAGGGCGGCUGGUCUUUAUCAGAG